CUAUUAAGCUACGUGGUAGAAGAAAGGGCAAUGGGAUAAUAUAUUACACCUCACUUCUCACUGCAUGUUUUCACCCAAUUGACACAUAAGACACCAAGUGUGUUUCUUCCCAUACUUAAGUGUUGGAAAGUCUAAACCAAAAAAUCAGUAUGCUUGUUUUGUUACACGUGUAUAUGGAUUCAGCUAGUCAUAAGCUUAGUUUCCUACCCAUCAUAAAACUCCCCAUUCUUUCCCAUGUAAGAGAUAAAGGGAAAGGGUAAAUGAAUAUAUACAUUGCACCAUCUUUCCCCACUAAACAGAGAUUCCAAUUAAGUAAAGUAAUGACACGUAUGUCAUUUUGUAUUUCUCCACCAGGUAACAUUUCCCCAUUCCAAGUUAAGUUUUAUAUUAAUCAUCCCAUGCACAACCCACGUUGACAUACGUGGAAGCUAACUAGGUAAGCAUGGAUGCAUUUAUACAAUAACAAUGCCAAUAUGUGUAUUUACAUUCAAUCAAUGUAAGUUUCUCAACCCUUAGAUACAUCGAUAAUUCAAUUAAUUAUAUUAUUCUUUAUUUAUGAUACACCAUCCCUCCAGGAGCAAGAUGCGCCUAUAAAUAGGUCGUUCAUUUCUGUUUCCUCAGCAAUCCAUCUCAAUUCCAGGGAACUCGUUUUCUCUGAACGAGAUAGGAAAAGGGGAAUUCCCGACGAACUUCUUCUCGGCGAAUUGGCAACUUCCAACCCCAAAAUUUCUCUUUCUUUCUCCCUAGAGCCGGCUCUAUACGCCGCUCUCGGUUAUUUCCAAGUACUGACUUGAGCUUUGGAGAAGGUCCCAGCCGACCACAACCGGCGAGUCCUCUUUUGCAGGUAUUCAUCUCGAGAGCUGGAAUCCAACGGAAAAUCAAAAGGUCAAUGCUCUCCGGACUCUACAACUUUCGAGGUCAGCUAUUUUAGCUUGGCAUCAACAAUUGGCGCCCAUCGUGGGGCCCGGUGAGAUUACUACCUAUAAAUUGCCAAUUCAACCAGUCGAGAUGGAUACAACGGAUUUGCAAGUGCAUGUUGAGAUCGCUCAAGGUUCAACUCCAAACCCUGAGCAAACUCGACCAUCCCAAAGGGCUGAAGAUUUGCAGGUUGAAAUCGAGCGACUUCGUGCUCAGAUUUGGUCUGCAACGGAGGCUCCACAACCACCACUGGUUACUCCACCAACUUUCUACAGGAGUACGGGAGUCCUUGGAUCCUCCAACGAUCAUCAUAAUGGCAUACCGGCAGCUACUGAAGCAGCGGCCCGGGAUGUCCCCCCAAUUGUUCCUCACCUCGAAGAACUUCCUCCCCCGGGGACGUUUUCUCAACCAAGUACCGGUCGCCCCCUUUCUUUGGCCAUUCUAAAUGAGCCAUACCCGGGAAACAUCCAUAUACCCAACCUUCCGGAGUACAAUGGCACCACCGACCCAGAAGAUCAUCUCAGUUCCUUUGAGAUUUUGAUGCCUCUUAUUGGUGCCUCUGAUGCCACCAUGUGUAAAAUAUUUCCCGCCACUCUUGGAGGAGACGCUCGUCGAUGGUACUCUCAGCUUCGCAAUGGUAUAAUCAACAACUUCACCGAAUUUUCUACACUAUUUCGGAGCAAGUUUUAUGCCCAAAAGCGACAAGCAGUGAGCAUUAAUCAGCUCAUGAAUACCAAGAAACGAGAGGGUGAGGCUUUAAAAGCCUAUUAUGCUAGGUACAGCACCUUGGCUAUAGGCGUCACUUCCCUCUCCGUUGAUGUAAUUGUCAACACGCUAACACGAGGAACAACAAACAGUCUUCUUCGGGAUUCCCUCAUCAAGAAACCUCCUCGGAGUAUGUUUGAGCUACAAGAGCGGGUCAUGAAGUACAUCGGUCUAGAAGAAGCUUUACAAGAUUCCUCCUACGUUGUGCCAAAGCGUAGGAGGGAUUCGCCCCCGCCGAAUCGAGAAACUUUACAACGUCCCCGCCCAACUUUGGAUAACAUGCCCAAGGCUCAAAAAGAUGACCGCAGAAGGGAUGGGCCAUUCCAUUCAGGCCAAAAUUUUACCCCACUCAACAUUUCCGGUGACAUGGCCACCUCGAGGUCGCAUAAAACCAAGAAAAAGAAAGAAACAAUUUUAUGACUUUCAUCGGGGAUACGGGCAUGACACCGAGGAAUGCGAAAAAUUGGGAAGAUCCAUCGAGGGACUAAUUCAAAAUGGGCAACUUAAGCAGUUCAUCCAAAGCUCCAAAGGCUCAAUCCAACAACCUUCGUCAUCAGACAAAGGAAAAGCUCCACAAGGAAGCGGACCUGUGUUAGGUGUCAUCCUAGUCAUACAUGGAGGAACUAGACUAUGACAGGAAUUUUCCACCUCUUGUAAGACGUAUGCUCGAACUUUGGUUGGCUCCACCUCCACUAUCUCAGAUCAAAAUCCUAUCAUUUUUUAUUCCCGAGAGCUCGAGGAUAUCGAGUAUCCCCAUGAUUAUCCUCUAAUGAUUGAGGCUAUCAUCGCCAACUACACAGUAAAACGAGUUCUCAUUGACGGAGGGAGCUCAGCCGACCUACUUUUUUACCCCGCUUUUUGCUCAUUGGGUUUUUGUUUGGAUCGGUGUCAACCUUCCAGUGUCUUUCGUUUAGGAUUCUCUGGCAACCAAGUCCCGGUACUUGGAAUUCUACCCCUUCAUGUUCGCAUUGGCAAUGGCAACCAAGCAAUCGAGACAUUGGUUAACUUUCAUGUGGUGGAAUGUUCCUCUGCAUACAAUGGAAUUCUUGGAAGACCCUUUCUACAUCAAGCUCACGCCAUCCCUUCUACGCUUCAUCUCAAAUUGAAGUUCCCUACUCUGUCCGGGGUACGUUGUGUCCGAGGGGAUCAAGCAAUCGCCAAACAAUGUUGUGCAUUUUCCCUUAAAGAUAAACAUGUCACUACUGUUGACACUCGAGAAGAGGUAGCUCGCCCUGUGCCUGUCGACCUUGAUGAGGAACAAGUUGUUCAAGAUGGCCUUACCAUCCGUGUCUUAACCGCUUGGCCUAAAGAAGCACUUCCUCAACUCUCAACUUGGUCCGAAAGUUUAAAGAACUACUCGCCCAAGGUCCCGAAAACAUGCCUGGACUUGAUCGUCGGGUAGCUGAGCAUGCCCUAGGGAUUCUCCCAGGGUGUCUUCCUGUACAAGAAAAGAGAAGGAACUUUGCAUGGAAACGACGUCAAGCUGUUGCAGAAGAAGUAGUCAAACUCGCCCAGGCAGGAUUCAUCCGAGAAAUUCUCUACCCCUCAGGGCUGGCCAACGUCGUUAUGGUAAAAAAGGCCAAUGGGCAGU